AUGGUCUCUCCUCUCUCUGUUUGCCGUUACGUCGCCUUCGCUCUUUUCACGCUCUGCAAUGCUGUAAUUUGCUGUGUUCUGUAUGGAAUCUCGUCCUUGCGCAAGAACUGGACUUGCAUCGUGCGUGUCUCCCUUCCUGCAUUUGGCAUCCUCUACAUCUUCCCCGUGAUGUACAUUGACCUCCUGCGCAAAAACGCCCUUGUCAGUCGGGUGUGGUUUGAGGCGACGUGGGUGGGCGUGUUCUGGGUCCUCAAUCUCGUUGGUGCCCUCCUCACCACCAUGCAACUCCCACGUCUGCUAUGCAACUUUGCAACAGAUCUUCUUAUUCCUGGUUCCUGUCUCACCACUCGGGUUAUCCAAAUAGCUGGAUGGGCAGGGGUUGCCAACUUGCUCGUCUACUUCAUUAUUCUGAUGGUGUUCGCAUCCUUCACUCUGCGCCAGAGCCUUAACAGCCCAGUGCAGCCAACCAUGCGCACAACAUGGUCGAACCCCUCCGCGUCCACGCCCCAAAUCCGCGUGCACAACGAGAAGCCCUCACGGGUUGGUACGCUCCGUAGCGCAGCGCUCAAGUCCUCCGCGCUCCGCUCGGCAGCGAUGGGGUCGUCAACAAUGAAGAGCUCUAACCUCCGGAGCACGACCUUCGAUUCCGAGAAGAUGACGGCGUCGCCAGCGCCCCCGCUUUCCGCCGCGCGCUCGGCACGCUCCGCCAACAAGUCCGCAAGGAUUCUCCAGUCUUCUUGGAUAUCUUCGACCGUCACUCCCGCAUCUCCUCAUUCCGACGAAUACGGCUCGGGCUCGGACAGCUCAGGAUCUGGUUCCGGCUCUGAUCGCUCAGACCUGACGUCGACACCAACGGGCAUCCCGCCAUCGGCGAUGUACGUCCCCUUCACGUCUACGAUCAAGCCGUCACCGCUCGGGUCUGGCGUCCCCCCACGGUCCGCAUCACUCGCGUCCUUCAACGGCCAGCCGCCGAUGAGCGCAUUGACCCCCUCGCGGAAGGGGAUGCCCCUCCCCGUCGUGCCCUCGCCCAAGGUGCCGCUUUCCCGCCAGAGCUCGAACAGCUCGACGUCGAGCACGGGCUCGAACGGGUCCAGGAAGUCGAAGCGCAAGAGCAACCGCCCGCCGCCGCUGGACAUGACGCGCCUCCACAGCACGUAUGGCCGGUGA